AAAGUAGUGUUAGUGAAGAACGAGAGAACAGUAACUUUCAAGGUAACAAGGAAUUGACCGGCCUUGAAGUUUGUAAAAACUUUUUUUUUAUUUGGGCCUUGUGUAAAGUAGUGUUAAUAAAACGUGAAAGAAAUCAUAAACUACCAAUACUACCAA